AUGUCGAAAAAGUCCAGCGACCCCGAAUUUGACGACUACGCUCGACGGUUUGCAGCCAUCGAAACCGCUACCGAGAAACUUCUCAAAGAUACCAAGGUCUACAACGAAUCGGUAUCAAACCUUUUCACGUAUGGCGCCGGCUUCGCACAGCACUUUACGACAAUCUUCCAUCCCGUGGUUGGAGAGUACGAUAUAGUCGGGAAACACCCAGAAUCCGAGCAUACUGUCCGGAACAUAGAUUCAUACGAGUCCGCGCUGCAGGAACUGAAAGCCGCGAUCGUCCCCGAGUUGGAGCUGAUCGAGAGCAGGAUCGUAGGCCCUGUGAAGGAACUGCAGAGCAUCAUGAAAGUCGUCAUGAGCGCAUGUGGUACAAGCAGCGCGCGGGCUAUUGCGUUCUGGAUGUUGUUGGACGAUCUUCGCAUCGGCCUCGUAGACUACGAUCGGUAUAAUAACUCGUUGACGAAAUUACGAGACAAGAAGGAGAAAAGUCUCAACGACGAAAGGAAUCUUUUCAAGCUCGAGCAAGAUUUUGAAGUCGCAUCAAACGAGUAUGACUAUAUCAAUUCCACUCUCAAGACUGAACUUCCACGUUUUUUGAUGCAAGCUACCCAGUUCAUUGAUCCUCUAUUCCAUUCCUUCUUCUAUAUGCAGCUGAACGUAUUCUACCUCAUGCUCGAGAAGCUUAAUGGCUUCGCAGAGGGAAGAUAUGACGUCUCUAUAAGCGGCGCCGAGAUUGCAUCAGAGUACGAGACGAAGCGAACUGAUGCAUGGGAGAAUAUUGAGGCAUUGCACAUCUGUCAACGCUUCGUAUCAACUUCCAAACUUGUCCAAGCCCAUCGCGCUGCAGGAGGACCAGGAUCUGCCCCGUCCCUCGGUCGCACACCAACCUCCACUACCACUUCCAGCAUAGGUUCUUCUUACGCUAAGAAAGCACCUCCUCCACCUCCCAGCGCGGGCCUCUCUGCGCCUCCGCCGCCAUACUCGCCAUCUGCGUCCCCUGCGAUGGGCUCCGCGCCGAUCAAGAAGGCCCCACCGCCCCCACCACCAGUAAAGCCGAAGCCGAAGCCAGCUGCAUCGUACGUCGUGGCGUUGUACGAUUUCAGUCCACAAGCGGAGGGCGACCUUGAGUUUAAGGCGGGCGACCGCAUUGAGGUAGUCGAGCGUACAGACAGCGCCGAGGAUUGGUGGACGGGGAGGGUUGGCAAUAGGCAGGGGACGUUCCCUGGAAACUAUGUACAAGAGUCUUGA